CGACGAAGUGGUCUCAUCAUUGGUCGCGGACUCCCUUAACGAGGAUGGAGAAUCCGAAAGCCAAGAAAAAGAAUUGAGAGAGGAGAAUUUUCAACGAGGAAGUGCACUUUCCAUCCCUCAAUAAUGUGAAAGGCCUUUUAGCACUCGCUCGUUCUUGCCCUUUUCGCCAUUUCCCAGAAUUUCUUCCCUCCUAUAAAUCAUCCGGAGCUGCCACGUCCGAGCUUUCCAUGUCAGACGAGAAGGAGGAGGGAGUAGCCGUGUCGCGUGCUUCUUGUUUUCGGUCAAAUUAGCUAUCUUGGGGAAGUGCUUGAGCUGAGUUCAGGAUGGGGAGUUGCUGGAGUUCUCCAUCUAACGAGUAUAUUAGCUCUGGCAACGCCAAGACUUCCGUUUCAGGGAACACGGGAUUCUCUGCAACAAGCAGCAGCGGUGGCGGAAUUGGCAAGUUCUCGGAGGCGGCGAGCGCGAGCCCAGACGGGGCAGAUCUGAAUGGGGAGAUUCUGGAGACGCCCAACUUGAAGGUCUUCAGCUUUUCUGACUUGAAGAGUGCUACUAAGAACUUCAAAUCUGAUAAUUUAUUGGGGGAGGGAGGUUUUGGUAAGGUCUACAAGGGCUGGGUCGAUGAGAAGACACUUGCCCCGUCCAAAAUGGGGAGUGGAAUGGUUGUUGCCAUCAAGAAACUGAACCCAGAGAGUGUGCAAGGUUUCGAUCAGUGGCAGUCGGAGGUGAACUUUCUUGGAAGGCUUUCGCAUCCCAAUCUUGUCAAAUUAUUGGGAUACUGUUGGGAGGAGAAAGAGCUGCUCCUUGUCUAUGAAUAUAUUCCAAAGGGCAGCUUGGAAAAUCAUCUCUUCCGAAGAAAUCCUGCUGUUGAACCCCUUUCUUGGGAUAGCCGACUCAAAAUAGCUAUUGGAGCAGCUCGUGGCUUGUCUUUCCUGCAUUCUUCAGAGAAGAAAAUCAUUUACAGGGAUUUUAAGGCCUCAAACAUACUGCUUGAUUGGCACGAUAAUGCGAAAAUAGCUGAUUUUGGCUUGGCAAAGUUAGGACCUUCUUCGGGUGAGUCACAUGUGACGACCAGAAUUAUGGGGACGUAUGGUUAUGCUGCUCCAGAGUACAUUGCAACAGGCCAUUUGUAUGUGAAGAGCGAUGUGUACGGCUUCGGUGUGGUCCUACUAGAAUUGUUGACAGGCUUGCGGGCACUUGACACAAAGCGUCCUAGUGGGCAGCAAAAUUUGGUGGAUUGGACCAAGCCAAUUCUAUCUCAAAGAGGAAAAUUGAAGAAUAUUAUAGAUCACCGGAUGGAGGACCAGUAUUCCUUUAAGGCGGUGUUACAAACUGCACAGCUCACUCUAAAAUGCCUGGCUGCUGAACCAAGACAUCGGCCCUGCAUGGCAGAGGUGGUGGAGACUUUAGAACGGAUUGAAUCGAUCAAGGAUAAACCAAAGCAACCUAGAACAGGUUCUCAUUCCUCGGCAAAUCGUUUGUAGGUCAUCAAUCUAUGGGUUGUCGUUCACCUCGUCAUCCCAGACGUCAUGGAACUGUAUUGUGAGCUUGGAACUUGUCACAAAAUAGAAAGGACAAGCCAAUGGAUGAUUGAACAACGUUAGCUUCCGUGCAAAUGCCACAUUUUUGGUUGUUGUACAAUAGUCAAAUUCUUGCCGAUGAUCUCCUUAGGUUUACAACCUUUUCUUUUAGUCACAGCAUUUGUCUUCAAAUGAGAGUGGAUUGUUAGAAUGCACAAGCAUUUUCUUCUUCUUUUUCUCUGGUGUGGUUGGAAAUUAUGUACGACCUAUUCUUUUGUAGUUGACCGUGAAUGGAGAAAUAAUAAAAAAUUUUGUCC